AUGGGUGGUUAUGUGAGUAAAAUAGCAUCAAUGUCAAACUUUGCUGUUAAUACUGUUUAUCGUGGACGAAAGCGAAAAUGCAUUGAGGAAGAUGACUGUGACUCAGACUCGGAAUUUAUUGAUAGAACUCUUCAGACUCCUAAAAAAAGAAAGUUGCUAACAACUGCACAGUAUAUUUAUAAGACAUUAUUUCAAGAAGAAAAAGGAAGUGACAUAACUGUUUACAUGCUAGGAAGACCAUGGCGAUUGCACAAAGUUUACAUAAGCCAGAGCCCUUAUUUUGCAAGUAUGUUCUCUGGAUCCUGGAAAGAAACAAAUCAAAAAUUUGUCCCAGUUGAAAUCACAGACUCAAAUAUUUCUAUAGACUCAUUGUCGAUAGUACUAGGGUCGUUUUACCAAGACGAAGUGAGUAUUGAGCCUAAAAAUGUUAUCUCAAUACUCGCGACAUCGACACUAUUUCAGCUUCAAGGCUUGAUAGAUCAAUGCACGGAGAUAAUGAUAGAAACAACAAACAUCAAAACAGUUGUACCUUACUACAACGCGGCGGUGUCUUAUGGAGUGCCUACUGUUAAAGCGGCCGCGAAACGCUGGUUAGAAGUUAACUUACUGGGUUAUGGGUCAAGGUAUCCGUCGUUUUUGAAGGAAAUAACGCCCGAGUUGAUGGUGGAACUGAUUAAGAGCUCUGAACUUGUCGCUAUACAGACUGAAUUUUGUAUAUAUAUGAUGUUACGUGUAUGGCUGUUUAUUCACAUGCAAAAUAAAGAAGACACCGAAGUGGACGAGUACUUUAAAAAACACACGUGGACAAAGGCACUAUUUGAAACCGCAGAGGGAAAAGAAUUCGCCGAGCCAUUCAGAGCUCUUAGAAUGAAAUACCUAUUGCUGCACGAUCAAGAUGUUAAAAUAUUGAACAGCGAUAAUUUGAUACCGGCUGAAUGGCUCCACGAUGCUUACAAGGAACAGUGGCUGCAUUUGCUGCGUAUUGACGCAGACAAAGACGCUGACUGUGGCUUCUGUGAGACUGAUAGGCUAUUUUUUUGGCUCUGUUUUAGGCCGAAGCAAAUGAACGAAGAAGAGUUUGCCCAAGAGUGCUUCAGGUGUGGCAGGUGCAUAGAAAAGCCUGGGGAACAUAUUUGGAGGUGGACGGCCUUUCAAUUUGGGCUUGAUUUAGUCGUUUAUCUUGAUACCUCCUCGCUGGGGAUAAGACGGAAUAAUCGGACGGAUGCUAAUCAUAUUAGUGCCAAUCAUAGUAAACGAAAUAUUAUUAUUAGGGUAUGUUUAUUUUCAUUAAAUGAACAGAGACAAAUAAAACAUUAUCAAAAUUCAGGAGUAUUAAGACUAACGCUACACAAAAAUGAAGAGAAACAAGUGAUGUCGUUAGAUAAACAAUUGACUUAUCCAUUGUAUAUAUCAGUGAACAUGCAAGUGGUUACGCCUUUCACAAAAUCAGAAGAAGAAGAAAAACCGAGUGGUAUUGCCUCGCUCAAAACAACUAUUCUAUUUAGAGAUAACCAAUUAACUUACAGCAGUUCGCUAAAUUUGUAA